AUGAUCUUACAAGCAUUUUGGUUUUUUAUCACAACUGCAUAUGGAAGUACUGAAAACCAAUGUCAGCAAAAAAACUAUGUUUUAACCAAUCAGCAAGGUUCCGUUCGGCUCACUAGUAUCCAAAAAGGGAAUUAUACUAUUCAAGGAAUUCUCAAGUUUUCAGAUGAUGAUUUAUGUUCAAAAGUGAGCCUUUACGGCUUGAUAAAUGCGUACGCUUUUCAAUAUGCAAUAGAUUUGGCAAACAAUGAUGAAAGUUUAACUCAAUGGGCUAAUAUUGGCAUUCGACUUGAUGAUAACUGUAAUAAUUUACCUUUAACUAUGGCAUUAGCAAUUGAAUAUGUAUCAAUGGUGCGUCCAAAUUCUGUUUGCAGACCAGAAUUUUUACAUUGUAUGAACGAGACAUUUACUGAAAAUGUUGAACCAGCGAGCGCAAUUGUUGGAACUGAUAGAAGUACUACAACAAUACCAUUAUCAGGUUUGAUGUCACUGUAUCAAAUACCAACUAUAAGUCAUGCUGCCUCUAGUCCUGUACUUAGUAAAAGCAUAUAUCGAUCAUUUUUCAGAACUAUCCCAUCCGAUGUUCAUCAAGUAUCAGCCAUGUUGGACUUAAUAAAGUAUUUUGGCUGGACUUAUAUUAUCGUGAUUGGUUCAGAUGACGACUAUGGUAGACUUGCUGUCGCUGACUUUCAAAAUCGUACCGCUAACAGCAGUAUUUGUAUCGAAUAUACAUCUUACAUACCAGUUAAUUCUGCAGAUACUAACAGCUCCGUAUUAAGUGCAAUUGAUAAAAUAAAAACACUUAAAUCCACAGUCAUCAUUUUAUUUUGCUAUGUUUAUAAUUUAGGAGAAAAAGUUUUGAAUAAAGCUCAAGAAAUCGGUUUAAACCGUGUUUGGUUGACCAGCGAUGCAUGGUUUCCUAGUGCGGAAAAUUUAAAAAAUUUAAACAAUCAGCUAACAGGAAUUAUCACAGUUUCUGUACGUAAUCGAAACAUGCCGAAACUAAUUAAUUUUAUAAAAAACAGUAUAAGGACAAAAUUUUUAUGCAACAUGUGGCUUAAAAACUACCUAAACAAUACUUUCAACUGCGAACCAACAAAUAUUUCUAAUGACAACGAAACUCUUUUUGGAAAAAACAAUUGUUCCAUUAAAAUUAACAAUUUACUUCAAAACUUCUCGGCUCUCGGUGAAAAAACAAGUACCUUAGUUGAUGCAGUGACUAUUCUUACUAGAGCUAUUCUUAAGUUUUUGCAAUUGAAUUGUGUUCAAAAAAAAAAGUGUUUUAUUCAAAAAAUUGAUCCAAUAACAUUGACUAAUAUUGUAAGAAAUACUUCUUUUUGGAACGAUGAACAUGAGCUAAUCCAAUUCGACCAAUCAGGCGAUUCUACUUUUAUCUUUUACUCAAUUGAAAACUUACAACUUAUAAAUAACACUUUAAAGUUUGUAUCAAUUGGUAAUUGGAGUAAAAAUCGAAUAAACAGCCUCAUUCUUAAUUACGAACAAAUAAGAUGGCCAAGUUGGUUUGAAGAUCUAAAGAUUAAACAACAUCCUAGUUCUCAAUGCUUUAAGAAUUGUGAAAACGGACAGUAUACUAUUAGAACACCCAAUUGCUGCUGGACAUGUGAAAAUUGUACGGGAAAAAAUUAUAGUAACACAACAAUGGCAGAAAAAUGCAGCACGUGUUCCAUCGGUUAUCAUACAAUUGAUCAUAUUACGUGUAUCAAAACACCUGUAAAAUGGUUAACUUUUCGUGAUGCAGAAGGGAGUGCAAUUCUCUUCACAAGUUUUUUUGGAUUGCUACUUACAUUAAUUGCAUGCAGUCUUCUUUUAAAGUUUCGAGAAUUUAUUGUAACAGAUGAAUCAUCUCCGCAUAUAAUUUCAUUGUCAUGUAUUAUGUGUUUAAUUUCAUUUUGUUUUGGAUUUAUUCAGAUAGUUGAACCAUCAACAUCACUAUGUCACGUGCGAAAUGGAAUGUUUUUUUCGUUAUUUAUGGGUUUUUCCUCAGUUCUAAUAAUUAAGACUAAAUAUUUCAAGAAACACCACGAGGCCAAUGCUAAGUAUUUUUUAAAGGGACGGUUGUUUAUCACACAACUAAUAACUGUUUUAUUUCUUUUGAUUGUGGAGUUAUGUACAAUUACAGCUUGGGUUAGUAUUGAUGGAGAUCGAUUGUCUUUAGACAACAAAGAAAAUCAGUCAAUUUAUCUUAUUGAGAAACGCUGCGUAAUGGUGCUGACUGCCGGCAGAUUAGUUUCAAUUUUUAUCCCUUUUAUUUUGAUUAUUGCCGCAACAUUUUGUACUUUACGUGAACGGAAUAAAGAGCACACAUUUUACGAGCCAAAAUUUUUAAGUUUUGGAAGUAUUGCCUUGUGCAUUGUUGUUGUUGCAUUCUUGCCCACUUAUGUGUAUGUGAGCGAUGAUUUUCGAGGCGUAGUGAUGGCUUUUACCACAAAUAUUUUGGGUUUUACAUUUAUAGCGUGCCUAGUUUUGCCUAAAGUUUAUGUUGGACAAGCACGUUUUCGGCACGGACCAUCCAUUUUACAAGUUAAACCAGCAAGAGUAAAAAAGCCAAGACCUGAAAACUCCGUGGAACCAAAAAAAACUGUAAUAGAUGGUGAUGCCGAAACUACUGUAACAAAAGUAACAUCUGGUAUUAACGAAGGGUUUUCGAAAGACUAA